AUGGAGAAUACCAGCCGCGACCAGCAAAGCUCUGCCUCUUGGAGAUUGAAGCGGCAAACGCGUGGCUACUUUGAUCCAAAGAAAAAGGCAAAAGCAGACAGGGAGAGAUUCCGUCGUGGGAAGCGUGGAUCCUAUAAGAGAUUGAACGACCUUUUCCUGGAUGGUUUGGACACUGGAAGGGAGCGUCGCGUUUACGCCCUGGUGAUGACUGUGACCAAGGGUCGUCAUGCCACCGUGCGAUACUCGACUUAUAAUUCCCACCCUAGCGAUGAUUGGGUGCCGUCAAAAAAUGAUGUUGCGGACCAUUGGCCGAAGACCGAUACUUGGACUCCAAUCGACUUCGACGAAACUAAGUCAACGAGACAGAGUGACGACCAUGAACCGCGUACUAAACGGCUUUUCACUAUUUCGAAGCCGCCACCUCUGGAAUUGGAUGGCAUGCCGAGGCGGAAUGAUACAAGCGGGAGUGGGCAUGGUACAGAACACUCAGGACAGUGA